AUGGCUGACGGAGCUCUAGACCUCGACGGCGAAGAUGCAGUCAUGGACGGGCGCGGCUGGGCAAUGCGGCGCGGCCAUUGCAAGCGGCUCCGGGCCGACAAAGGCCGAGAGAGCCAGCGUGGCCGGGCCGCCUUCGCAAGGUCGGUGAAUCGGCGUUCCAGGGGGAACAAGUCCGCGGAUGUCGCGAGCGACCGACGCCGAGAUCGGCGCGCGGUGUUGGCGGCCCUCCGGGCCGAGGCUGUUGGCGAGCAGCUCGCUGGGGAGGACGGCCCGUCGUGGCUCGAGCGGGCCCGGGAGGAGCGCGCGACCGCCAGCUGCGCCGACUCGCUCUGCGGAGGCCACGGCGACGAGGCCGACGGCGCAUCAUCGGCCGCCUGGUCAGCCGCCAGCGGCUGGGAGUUGGUGGAGGCGCUGCAACCUCGCCUCGGGCGCUCGGCGAGCGCGCCCGCCACCCCGUGCGAGGUCGGCGCCGCCGAGGCGGAGCACCACUGCGCCCUCGUGCCGCUGUGCGCCGGGCGCCUCGCGGCGCUCGCCGGCGCCUGGGCCGCUGAGUCGCGUGGGCGUCCCCGCUGCUGGCGCUGGCUUUUGGCCGUCGAGCUGGCCGAGCGCACCGCCGCCGCGGCGGGCGCGGCGGUCGCGCGGCCCGCCGCCGCGCCGCUGCGGCGCCGCCGGCAGCGCCCCCGCGAGGAGCGGCGGGUCGCGACGCCCUUCGACCGCCUCCGCCAGGAGUUCCUCCAUCAGCAUGGGCCAGCGCUCCGCAGCAAGCUCGGCUCCUGUUUCGGGCUGGGCCCCGAGAACGUGCAGCUCGCACCUGCUCCUGUGGGCUCCGACCCGGUGAAUCGCUUCCUGGACGCGAAGAAGAGGAUGACGAGCUGCAACAUGUUGCCGGUCUACCAUGGCACGGACCCUACGAAUUUCGAGUCGAUCUUCAAGCGCGGGCUGCUCAUCCCUGGAAAAGGCAACGACCUUCGCGUGGUAAACGGUUCAGCCCACGGUCUGGGCAUCUACACGGGCAUGCUCGAGCACCCGUGGCUGUCCAUGUCGUACUCCAAGGAGAGGCGCCUGCUCGUCUGCGCCUGCCUCGACGGGGGGGCCUCGCCGCCCCUGAAGCGCGGCUCCGGCGCCCUCGUCAUCUUCAACGCCGACCUGGUCAUCCCCAUGUUCGUGGCCUGCGAUCCGCGUGUCAUUCCCGACCCGUUCUCCGGCACGCGGCGCGACGCGCCCAUCCAGCCGCCCAG